GCGGACGAGAAGUCUUUUCUGCCGGCGCGGCGUCUCUCGGGGCUUUUCAAGAGUCUGGAGUGCCUCAGAAGCGACUCGUUUUCGCAAGAGAGCCUUUUUUCUUUUCUUGCACAUGCCCCGGCGAAAGCCUCGACCCGCCCGCCGCCACUCUUUCCGUCCACACGCCUCGGUUUCCGGCACAUAGCCGAGUCAUAACGGAGAUUCUGACUUGCAAGGAAAAGAAGGAGGAAGAAAACGUGUUCUGUGGACUGCCGCGGGGGUGGUCAAAUUCUCGCGUCCCCGUGCCGGCUUACUGCGAAACUCUCCAGGUACACAUCUGCGGUGUUUGUUCGAGGAGGGCGAAGAAAGCGGGUGCACGGGACUCUCGCUGUAGCGCGAACCGUGGACUGUGGAGCAGCGGCUAAAGUGUGCCUAAUCUGUUUUUCCUGGUGGAAAGGCGUGUUUCUCCAGCUUGCCUUUACGCCUGCGAACGCGAGGCUUUGUGCAGGGCGACAAACACCCCGAAACAACACCCGGAGUGUGGCUUUAGUACCUGCUCACGCUGUGCUGUGGCGUGCUGGUCACCUGUCUGUUUCGGCAGGCAGGUUAGUGUGGCAUUUAGCGCAGGUGAACUGCGACAAAAGUGGAAAAAGCUGGCGUUUCUCGGUCUCUCGUGGCUGCACAAGUCGCCAGCUCGAUUUUUGAGCUGCGGAAGAAAACUGCCGUUCCCAGAUCCAGAGGAGGGAGCAGGUUGUCACGAGAAAGGUGGAGCUUUUUUUGUGGCAAGAGGCACGAGACGCAAAGACGGGAGUUCUACUCUCUUCGUCUUCUUUCUUCUUCUUUUUUCCUUAACAACGUAUCCGUCGUUUUCCACUCUCCACUUCCGGUGUCCGUUGCCCGUUCGCGCGCCACCGCUCUCUUCCCCGUCUCGGAUGCUGUCUCGGCACCGUCUGCACGUUGAUUCUCCGCUCGUUUCUCCGUAAACGUUCAGUUUCUCGUACGUUUUUCUCAGUCCCGCGAAAAUUUUGCGCACUGACAGGUCCGUAAACAAGGACAGCGCUCUGUCCCGCAAUGGGGGGGGAGACGACCGGAACGCAGCCCGCCUCUGCGGCGUCUGCCGGCCUCGCUUCGCUCGCGUCUUCCUUGCAGGAAUCGCCUGGCGUUCCCACAUCUCACUCUCCUCAAACUCGGCACUUCGCUGAAAAUUAUUCAUCUUCAGAGCCUUCCCCCGACACAGACGUGCGGGUCGACCACCCAUCGGCCCCAGCGCCGCAUGUAGGUGGAUCCGCAAAAGCGAACUCCGAAAAGGACGGGGAAUCUGUGCCGAAAGAAGAGGAAAAGGCAAAUUCGAGGAAACAUCGUCGAGGAAGUGCACCCGGAGAGGCAGUUCAGGACGAACUCCUGGGCAAGUCGUCUCCGAAUGCUGGUGAAAACGCUGCUUCGGGGGUCGCGAGCCGCGGGCCUGCCACACCAGAGUCGAAACGCCGAAGGGAAACUCCAGCCGCGUCAGAGGCAACGGAGACGCAAACACACCAUCAAGGAGAUUCAGCGAAUGGAGAUAAUAAAGAAGGACCCAGUGCCGAGUGCCUGGGAAAGACUCCGUAUGCGAAGAGUCUUCCGGCUCGAGGCGUGCAGACAGAGGCAGCUGCUCGUCACGCAGCUGCCGCAAAUCCACCGCAAAAACCUGCAAGUGGAAGCGACUCAGGCAAGCCACGAGACGACGACUCAGCUGCCUCUGAACAACCCGUGAUAUCCGCGGCGGAAGCCCAGUGGAAAAGCGCAACUGACUGCCACACGCCUGCACCCCUGCCCGCGCAGCGCGGGGACGCCGGCGGCUUCAGUGUACAUACAGCUCACUCGGGUCGUGUGUUGCCACGCCACGGCGCCGGUUCGUCUGCAGCAAAGCAGGAGGAGGAAACGGGGAAGGUGGAAGCCCAAACAUGUGAAGAAGAUGCGGCCACGCACAGUAUGUUUUCAGACGCGCAGCCAGCUUCCCCGUCUCCCCACUUUGCGACAGUCUGUUCGUCUGCCGCCCUGGAACCCCUGGGGUCCCAGCCUCGUUCUCGGCGCGGCUGCCGGCGGCCUGAAGCCACUGCCUCACCUGCAUUGGGCUCGAGUGACGGCGACUUCGCCAGUCAGACAUGUGGGAGCUCUGGACCCGCCACAGCCGCUUCUGGGGGUUUCCCUACUGAGAAGAAGGUUCUGCGAUCGACUCUGGGAGAGAAAACAGGGGACGGAGGUGGGCGGGGGACCAGGCCGAAGACGGGCAAGAAUGUGGAGCCGAUCAAGCCGGAGAAGCGCGCGAAUGGCGUGACGCAGGCGAGUCCAGCUGGAGACUGUCUGGACGAGAACGGCGUGUCCAGAGAGUUCGCAUCAGACGCAGACAAGAAACUCGGCGCGGGAGGUCGCGACGACGGAUCGACAGAUCCUGCGGUAGCGGAAAACGCGUGCGGAUCAGCAGAGGCCCGCGGAAAGGUGCCUGUAGAGCAGAUGAACGGGACACACGCAGACGGUCUUCCUAACGCGAAACGGAGACGCCAAAACUUCCGAAACGCUCGCCAGAGCCCCUCGAUGUCUCCGUCGCCCUCUGUCGCUUCGCCUCUCAGUGCAACCAAGGCGGAGAUGGCCUGCUCGCCCCAGGGCGCCUCCACGCCGACCGCGAGCGAGCAGCUCUCGAACUCGGCUGCGUGCAAGCAGUCCGAAAGAGACCGCGAGGAGUCGCGGUCGAGACCCAUGAUCCACUCCGGCCGAGACGGACUCGCCGGAGCUGAAGGACCCGCGAGUGCCAGCGGGGCUGGCGCGGCUUCAGGACCCUCGUCAGCGGGCCCUCCUGUCUCUUCGGGACCGCGCCCGCCGUCACGGGAAUCGAGCGCCGCGCCUGCCGCGUAUGCGGGGUCGGGCAUGAGCACUCGAAAGCGGCGCGCCCAGAGUGCAGCAGCAGCAGCUGGGGCUGCAGCAACCGGAGAGAGCCUGGAAGGCUUGUCGUCGGGCGGCGAGAAGGGCGCCAGCUGGGGGGUUCGAGAGGGGUCAGAUGCAUCGAGUCCUGGACAAGGGACGUCGGACGCGAGGGCUUCGAAGAAAGGCGGAGGCCAGGCCGGAGGUGGAGCUGGAGAGAGAGGCGCGGGCCAGGCUUCCAGCCCCGGAGGGACGCCGGGGUGGGGCGACGCGACGGCGGCUGUGGGAGGCGCGACCUCGGAUCCGGGGGCGGCGGCGCGCUUCUCAGCGAGGCUGCGUCAGCGACCGGGAGACGCGAGAGCUGCGCUAGCCGCGCGAGCCUACAAUGUGCUUCCCGUCCCGUCGCCGUACGUAAACAGCAAGGUCCGGUGUUGCUGCUGUGGGACGGGCGUUGGAUCUUCCGCGGUACUGCUGGGGGGGUUCUUGGGGUCCGAAGACCCAGCGCUGGCGGCGCAGGCCUCGGGGGCAGGCCCUCCGGGGGCCACGGGACCAGAAGGCCCGGCGGGGGCGGACCCAAGUGCGUCCGGCGCAGGGGUUCCUGACGGCGUGCUCAUUUUGCCGCGGCGCAUCUCUGCAAAUGCAUACAACAACCUGGAGAUCCGCGCGCGCUACGACAUUUGCCAGAGACGGAUUCGGAAAGUCGAAGCCUGGCUCCAAAUGAUUGAAGAGUGGUACUUCGGUUCCGCGGCGCCAAGGUGGCAGAGCCUGCACCAGCAAACAGUACAGCAAGAACUCGUCGCGGCCGUCAAUUCCACCAAGCGAAGUCGGCGAAUCGAAGCUGUUCGGGGGGGCGGAGACGCGUCGGCGGGCCUCGUCGAGGCCCCCGUCCCCGUGUGCGCCCCUCCUUGGGCGGGAAGCUCGAGCAAGGGCUCCGGAGCUGAUGGUGGGAAGUCUGGAGGCACCUCCGGCUCUGGGGGGAUCUACGGGCUCUACUCCGAGGGGUCUUUAGCAGCGGGCGGCGGCGCGGGAGCCGAUACCGGCUCUGGAGGCGCGUUGAAAGAGGGGCGCGUGAACCUCGAGGGUGGCCUGGCGACCGCAGACAGCGUGAUCUACGCCCUCAUCGUAAGCAACAAUGUGGGCCGGAGUACGGCUUCGGGUGUGUAUGGCGGAAGCCACGGUGCAGGAGGUGGCGGAGACUCCGGGAGAGAAGCGAAAGACGGGAGCGGGGCUUUUGGAGCCGCGGGAGCGGGCGGCGGGAGGAAGGGGGAAGGUGGCGCUUCGACGAAGAGUGCAGCUGGAGGAAAAGGCAGUCGAGGCGGGGGGGCAGCCGGGGCAGCGCCUCGACUCGGAGCCGUGAAGUUGUCGCCCCUGGAACUCCUCACCUCGCCGCUGAGGAAGGAUAAUGUUAUUGAUCUCUGGGGCCCGAAAGAAGUGGCGUUGUUUGAGGCCGGGAUCUGCAAAUACGGCAAAGACUUCAGCGCUCUUCAGAGACUCAUUCAGACGAAAACAACGUGCGAGAUCGUCGACUUCUACUACCUGUGGAAGCAAACGAACCGAUAUCUCGCUUGGAAGCAACACCGCCACUUGUCCAAGACCAUUCUCCAUUCUGUCUUUGGAUGAGGCAACAUAGCCUUUGGUCCAGAGGAGCACGCUUAAACCCGAAACCAUUUUCUCCUUUUUGUGUUACGCCAGAUCGCCCUUGUGUUUUUCGUGACAAGCGUGAUCGCUUUGGGGGGAAGUGGCAGGGGGCAACUGCGGAUCAGCACAGUGAGAAACGAAAAACAGCUGGAAUAGUCAUGCAGACAGGGUCGUGACCGGUGGUGCCGACCACGGGGGCAACGGGGGUUAGGCGAGGAAGUGUCUGUUCCUCUGUUUUGUGCUGACCUCCCGACCCCAGGUGAUUCGAUGUUCUCUUGGGGUGAAGAAAUGACAAGGGCAGCUCUCUGUCCAGGAUAAUUGGGGUGUUGUGAUGAAAAGGUAGAGCAGACAUGGGAAGUCCCUGGUACGCGUUUCGCGUGAACAAGAGACUGUUCAAGAGCUUUCCAAACUAAGGGGAGGCAACGAGAAAAUUAGGGAGGGAAGACAAGUGGUAAAGAUAUGCGUGCCGGGAUGCGGACGUAGCUGGCGAACGAAGCGAAUUCAUAUAAGAGGAGCGUUGCCGGGUGAGUAAUGCAGGGCAAGGUGUGUUUUCUGUUGUCCGCGGUCUCGGAGUUCUGUAGGUUCUGUGAGCACGCUUGCGGAGAGGCAAGCUGAAAGGAUCUAGAAAUGUAUUUCUUGACAAAAACGCUGCAGCGCCCACUGAUAAGGUGACUGCCUACUUGUUGGUCCGUUUUUUUCAAGAUUAAAACACCUGUAGCCACUGCUUUUCUUGUUCGACUGCUGACGCUUCCCCGUGAAAAACAGGCAGCC